AUGACUAUACUAACUGCACCAGCGAACGAUCUCGGCGCCAAUCGCGCAAUGCAGACUGACUUCGGAGAAGACCUCAAGCCCGGCCAGGAAGAGCUCACGUAUGCCAAAUCCAUGGAGAAGACAAAGGGCGUCGGAAUGAAGGAGAAUGUUGACCAGCUCGAGUCUUCACCAAUUGACAUCCCAGGUCUCAAAGCGAAGCGGUCCAUGAUCCCAGGCGCCGAGGACGAUAGCUUGUUGCGCAAUGGCUGCUUUGGGCAGCCCCCUAAGCCACCCUUUCAGCCUUUCUUCAAUUUCGACCUGGACUCUCGUACGCGCAGCCCAAAGUUCCGCCAUGCAACCGUCGCUGGGAAGCCGGAUCUCAAUAGCAAACUGGCCGCUACUACCAUCCUCUACAACGGCCAUCAGCAUCUUCCGUUAACACUGAAGAACAUCCGCCGUCUAUCCGUCCUUUGGAAAGGAUCUACACCUGUUGCAGACGUUGGCCUCUUCAUACGACUGAUCGUCAAUGAGGACAUCAAUAGCACGCACGCCGACCAUGUCCUUGAUGCUCUCGAGUUCGUUGGACACUAUUGCGAACACCUCGUCUUUGCAGGACCUAUCAAGGUCUCCGAGUUCAAGGACGUUUUCUAUCGGGAGGAGCUCGACAUCGGCACGGGAGAUGAUUGGGCUAGGAUGAUGGAGAAAUUCCCGAAUGUUCAGUCCAUCUCAUACGAGCAUCAUCUGAAGAUCUAA